AUGGACUCAAAAGCUAGAAGAUCAUCGUAUAACGAGGCAAAUUGCUCACCAGGACUCUAUGUUCGAAAUUUUGGGAAAACAAUCUUUGAGAACAGCUCAAUGAAGUCGAAAGAUCAACCAGUGAAAAAUGGAAAACUCUUCGCCGCUGAUGGAUGCUAUUUGCUGGAUCGAGAUGUUGAUGACAAAAGCGAGAAGCAGUUUCACGAAUUUCAAAAAGUGCUCACAUGGAUGGGUUUUCUUUUCGACGUGAGCUCACGUGAAAGUCCCCACUUUCUACAACGUUUAUGGCUUGGAUUCUUUCUGUUUACAAGUGUUUAUACGGUGAUCUACGAUCUAUUUUUUCUCUUCUCUGACUUUCACGCGAAUCUCGCUCCAAGCACGAUGGUCGUCUCGGCGAUCACCUUUCAAGCAUCGCUCUCUUUGAUCUUUCUACUUCGAUGGCAAAAGAAUCUCAACUUUCAUCAUUUCUUUCAUGUGCAUAGACACUCAAAAAUUUGCGGUGCUGACGAACUUGAUAUGUUUCAUAAACGAGUCCACUCUGGAAACAGGAAACUUUUUUGGGGACUUCAGAUCUACAGCAUAAUAACAAUGUUUAUCUUUUAUGUGGCGAUUUGGAGUGGAUUGUUGGCCAAACUCGUUCAUCCAUCUUUCUUUCGACUUUUCUACUUUAACCAAUCGAUCUACGUUCGACCGUUGUUUUUCGUUCUCUACUUAUCACUUGUUGUUUACAAUCUUGCCACUUAUUUGUGUUUGACAAAUGCCGUACACUGUGAGCUGAAGAAAUUCAACUAUAAAAUAACACAAUUAAACACUCUUCCAAGUGAGUUAAUGAGAUCAAAUCUAGAAAGUCUUAUUCUCGAGCAUACACAAAUCACAAAAUGUAUCCAAGCAAUGGACGAAUUGUAUAAAGUAUAUGCAUUCUCUGUGACAGCUUGUGUGAUCCCAUUGACAAUUUUCGUUCUCACUCUCGUCCUCACACGAUCAACAUUGACAGAGCUGUUGAUAAGCCUUCCUACAGUCGCUUUUUGCACAUUCGAGCUUUACGCGAUCAUGUAUUCGUCAAAAAUAUCGGAUGAACUAAGCAAAUCGAAGACACUCUUGUGUACAAAUCACAAUGUGUGGAUACCGUAUGAUGAGUGUCUCAACAAGAUUGCCACCACUCUAGCCAUCCAUCUCGAUCAACCCGAUCUCGGAAUCACUCUAUGGGGCUUCACUCGGGUCACAAAACCACUCAUCCUUACGAUAGUUUCAGGCAUGAUGACAUGUCUCGCAUUUCUUCUUGACUUAAAGCCAACCGAGGAAACAAAAGAUUGCAAUUGUGCCUCAAACAAUACGAUACAGGAUUCA